AUGCCCACCAGGAGGAAGCUCACGGUGCUGCGCCUGCGACAGAAGCUGCGCGAGGUGCGCGUGCAGCCGCGGCAGAAGCUCGUCCGCUUCGUGGCCCGCCUCAAGGACAUGCUCGUCCUGGUCUUUGUCUCCAGCUCCAGCUCCAGCUGCGCACAGGCCGCCGACGACGCCGAAUCCAUUAGAUCCCGCAUCACGCCGCCACGACACACCCCGCCAGGCUACCAGUCCAUUCGCUGCGUAACGCCCUUUGAGUUCGAGCAGGGCCUGCACGACCACCCGCCGCCCGGCGUCCCCUACCAGCAGUACUUCCCCUUCCGCUCCUACGAGGAUCUCCGCGCCGUCCAGGAACACGCCGCCCGCGAGGAGCUAAGGGAGGCCCGCCGCCGCCCGUCGUCCGCCUUUACGCCCCAGUCGCUUAUGCCCGUCGCCUACUGA